UAAAACCAAAGAAUAAGCUUCAGCACUAUCUGGAGGUUUGGGUCAGCCAUCGUCGGCACGUUGAUGCUGGACAGAACUGGAGUGUGUACAUCGAAGGCCACAGGUCGUGCUUUUUUAGGGUACAGAAAUUUAUUUACAAACAAGAAAACCCGAGACAACAGCGGAAUUAACGAGACCAGAUAGUCGUGGACAAACACUGGUUGGGAAAGGAAAGCGGCAGAAGAGAAUAUCAGCCAACGAAGGACAUCGCUGAUAUUCUGAAUCUCGUCCGUCUUCUUUCAAGUACAUUCCACGUGCGCGGUUGGUUGCUAAGAAGCGCAAGCAAAACUGAUGACGAUAAGGAUGCUAAUGAUGCUCCACCGUGCGCCCCCAGCACGAUAAAGAGCACGCUGAAGAGCAAAUCGUUGGGUGCGGGUUCGGAUGCAACGGACCGAGAUAGAAACAUAAAUAUCGUCUAAUUUGAAUUCCCUUAUACUGAGCGGUGCCGAGGUACCACCGUGCAGGAGGCAAAACAGGACAUUAAAGUGCAACCCUUUUGCCGUUGGAAACCGGAACGAGAGAGACACGAAAGGUACUAGUGCACUGCAAAAACAGCAGCAUCGGUGUCCCUUUUUUCUCGGUAAUUCGUUCGAUCGAAGCAAAGAGGACGAAUACGAAAGCAAACAAAAAAAGGAGAUCAUUGUGCAUCCCGUACCCAACGGUUAGGCUCGCGCACAAAUUCCCUUUCCAAGCAAGGCGUGUGGUUUAGGUAUCGCGUUUGGCAUGUUUAUGUUUAUGUUACUAAAACGAUAAGCCCGAAAUCCCGUUCGAACCGGUUGGGCAACCGCUGACGAUGACCGAACAAUUAGCCGGGUUAGCGAGGUCAAGCCAGCCCCAGUGUGAUAGGGCACCCGGUCGAAGGCUACCCAGUUCGAUGGUUCGAUGCGACGGACAGCGUCCAAGCUGAGAGAGAGAGAGAGAGCGAGAGAGAAGCCCAAACCUGGAGGAUUUAUUUGUCCGUGUGGGUUAGUGCGUGUUUGGUGCCGUUCGCAGGAAGACAGUGACGGGCAAGAUGCAUGCGCAAUCACGGGCCCAUCGGAAGCCGCCCGACGUGGAGGAGGCACUGUCCUCGAUGCUCUGGACGCCGUACGACAACAACCUUUCCGAGUCGGACUCGUCGGACGAGACGGAGGUGCUACAGCGGGGCAACGGCAACCACAACGGCUAUAGCUUCUUCGGAACUGGGGCAAACCCAGACCACCGGCGCCAAACGCCGCAGCACCAGCAACAGUCACUGAUGCGAAGAAGUCUUUCCGCGUGGAGCUAUCGGACCAGCAGGACGACGGGGGGCAAACCGGCGGCUCCGGGUGACGGUGAGGCAUUGGGCAGUCGGUUUAGCUAUCCUUAUUAUGAUCAGCCCGAGCUUGGCUUUGGUGCAUUCGAUGGUGCCGAUUGGUAUGGGUACGGCAGUGGUUCUAGCAUCAACAACAACAACAACAGUAGCAGCAACCACUACUACGGCUACGGCUACCCGGGCGGCAUUGAUGGCAGUUCCUAUGGUUAUGCUGGCCUCGGCCAGCCGGUAACUAGCAGCAGAAGUUCCUACAGUUUUCUACCGCCACCGAGGGUGGACGAGCGACCGGCGUCGACCGCACCUUGGCAAACGCUGACGGUCGCCGGUGCUGCGGACGGUCGCAGCAACAUCGAGAAGCGGCGACGACCUACGUACCUGCAGCUCCAGACACCGUUCGUUGGCCGGUGGCAGGCGGGGGUGGGACCCGCCCAGCUGGAGACAUCUUCCCUGCCGUACAGCUUGCUUGCACUGGACAGCCACGGUGGUGGUGUUGGUGGUGGUACAACCGCAGCAGCAACUGCAGCAGCGAGGGAAGUUGACGGCUUUGCUGAUAGCUACCAGGACGAUUAUCAGGUUUACGCCGAUAAUAAUGGUAAUGGGGAGAGGGUGACAGCCGCCGUCGCCACCGCGCCGGAUAGUAGCAACAUGAACAGCAUUAACAACAACACUGAGCGUACCAGCAGCAGCAAUCGCAGCCCGCCGAACGACAGUUUGUGCAUAAUUUCCGCAAUGCUGCGCCGGACGAGCACCACGACAACGGUGACGGGUGAUGGUGGCACCCCCGGAGGAGACCUACAUUUGCCAUCCACCGAACCACGUUGGAAGGGCACCACCGCCACCACCGUAGGGCAACAUAAUUCCACCAUAGCAACGCCGUUGCUACCCUUGCAGCACGCUGGCUGCGGUGGUAUUGGUGCGCUCGCAGCACCGCUCUCACGCACACCAUCGCAGCGAGCCAUGGAAGGGGAAGCAGCGGCCGUGCCGUUCGAGUCCGGUCCGCCAGUGGCGUGCGCCGUCAGCGCGUUUAAUUGUGUGCGGCAAGCGAACGCAGCAACAUCGACGUCGGUGCGUCGUGCGGACGGUGCGCAAGCGGAUCGUGUACGCAGCAGUGAGAUCGAUCGCGUCGUAACAGAGCAGCAGCAGCAAGUGGUGGUGGUGCAUAGUGGGGAAGGAAGCGGAGACGGCGACCGUCCCGAGCAGCUUUCCGUGGCGAUGCGGCUGAACGUGCCGGCGGCCGGGCUGGCCGAGGGCGGCAGCCGGACCAGUGUGUACAUUCCCGCCGAGGGGGAGGGCCCGCCCGCGGCCGGUGUGUCGCUGCCGGCGUUGACGAUCCAGGUCAAUCGGCUCGAUCCAAACAAUCAGCAGCAGAAUGAUGUGGUUAACAAUGCGGCGUCCGGCGUGAGCAUAGUGAGCUGCUACCGGGCGGCCCCGGUGGCCAGCGGCCCGCAAGAGCCGGUGGAGUGUGAAGGGGGGCAGGGUGCCGCAGAGCAACAGUGCAGUGUGGUGGUGCGCCCCGAGCCGGCGGCAGGCAGUGAGCAGCAGGGCGGUAGUGUAAAUACGAGUGAGGCGGCCGUCGAGCCGAUGGUGCAAGUUUCUAGUGUCGAUCAGUCGAUCGAAUCGCCCGGGGCAGGGCGCAACGGUGCGAGUGAGUGUGGGGAGGGGGGCAAUCGAAGUGCACAGAGCAGUGGGGUCGCAACGCCUUCGCGUACCUUUACGUCUACCGAGGCGCAAACGGAUGACACAAUCCAGCAGCAGCAGCAGCAGCAGCAGCAACAGCAACAUCAGCAACCGCAGCAACAGCAACAGUCACCUCAACCAGCGCAUCUUCUGCUGCAGCAUCCGGGGUUCAUCGGCAGCCCGGCGGUGGCCGCGGAACCGCUCGUGACGACCCUGCUCGGCCCGCCCGGGUCCGAGUUUAGUACGCGCGAGCAUCGGCGGCGUGAGCGACGCGAGCGGCGGCAGGCGCGCAACCGGCUCCAGCACAUCCAUCCGCUGGAACCGCCGGUACCGCCGGCACCGUUGCACCGGUCGCCGCCGCCGAUCGAGAUCAUACCCGACAUUCUGCACAGCCAUCUACCACCGCCGUACACGACCCUGCCGAUGGGAGCCUCCCUCCUGCCGCAGAUGAUCCCGGCGAAUGCGGUCGCGGCCGCCGCCGCCGCCGCCGCUGCCAUACCGGUCCGGGCUGCCGAUGAUUGCCGCUACACGUUCCCGAUACCGAUCAUGCGAAGCUCACCAUCGGAACGGUCGCGAAAGGGAUGCUGCGGCCACUGGUUCGCGGGACCACCGCUGCGGGCGCUCAUUGCCGUCGUGGCGCUCGGGGGCGUUGCCUGUGCGUUGGGCGGUGCCGCCCUCGGUGCGACGGGUUUGGCCGGUUCACCAACGUCUCAUCUUACCGCUGCCUUAUUAAUGAUAGGUGUUGGAGUGAUUCUAGUAACAGUUAGUGGUGCAGCGUGGCGUAUGACGGCACCGGGCGCGCCGCCCUGUCUCGGCCUCGGCUCGACCGUUGACCUGGGACGCUGCUCGAGGCGACCGUGCGGCCGGGGCGGCAGCACACCGCACGGGUUGCUCUAUCCCGAGUUCCAGCAUCGGCCACCGCCACCAUCGUACCAGGCCAGCAUGCAGGAGUACAGAUUAAGGUUGCUGCUGCUGGAUCGGGACAGACAGUCGGGCCGGAUGCGAAGUACGGCCUCACCACCACCGACCUACCGUUCCAACGUGGGAAGCCUUUUAAGAAUACCCCUCAGCUCGCGGUACAACAACGGCAGCAGCAACAGCAUAUUCGGUGGCAUUAGCGGCAUUAUCAGCGGCGCCGUCGGUGGCGGCUCGAGCAACAGUGUGAACAAUGUGGCCGCCCCGCCAGCAGUGCCAUCGGGCGGCCUGCUCCAGGUGAGCAGCUCACCGAACCCGUACGGUGCCGCCGACGGCCAUAGCACGCUACCGCCGAGCUACCGGUCGGUGCAUCCGAACCACGAACCACCUCAGCAGCAGCCAUCGAGGCAGGCGCCCACACUGCCAGCAGUCAGUACGAGCGAUGCGCACCCCGGCCUAAUAAGUGAUGCUAAUACUACGCAACCCACCGGUGGACCGCUGCUCCGCACGACGACGACAACGACGACGGGUGUGAAUCAUCAUCAUGCACCGUCCAUAAUUAAAAUCGACGAUCGAUGCGCUCCGACGACGACGACGAUGCCGGACAAGCGAAAUUCAAUUCCCGGCAGCGUCGUCGCUCUAAUUGAUACAGUGGGGAGUAGUAGCAGCGAGGAGAAGGUGGCGUUUAGUGCGGUCCACGAUGCAGGCACUAAGGAUUGUGACGUCACCCCUCCCGGAACCGUGCUGGCGGGGAAUAAUGUUGCGAAGGAUCUGGUUACGAUUGUUACCAUAUCGGGCACGAUCGAACCGUCCGGCCGGUCGGUUUACACCAGCAACAGCAACAGCAGCAACCCACUGGCCGGUGCCAGUGGUGGUGCCACGUGUACAUUAUUAAACUCUAACUCGACGCCACUGCUGGCCACGGUUAUACCGGUCAGCAAAUCCGCAACCGCAACGGCAUCAUCACCCAGCGAAGCAGCCGCACCCGCAGCAGCGGUGGGUGGCAGUGAAGCGCCACUAUAACCUGGAAAUGCCACUACGGAAGGGCAGUAAAGGGGUGUUAUUUUCGAGGGGGAGACACAGUAGAAAUGUGAACCACACAGUUACCGGAAAAGAGUGUACGGCGUUUGAUAGAGAGAGAAAGAGAGGAGCAGUUAUCCCCCGUACCCUGAUAAGCCAUGAAAAUCUAGUUUUUUUUAUGUGUGUGUACAACCCCCCUUCAUCAUUCACACCACUCCCUGUGUGUUGCAUUGUGGCUGACUUCCUGGUUUUGCGAACGCCCUAAAACGCCCC